AUGGGCAAGUUCGCGACCGACCCGUCCCUGUCCAUGAAGAUGCACCAGUACCAGAUCGUGGGCCGCGCCGCGCCGACGCCGAAGAACCCCACGCCGAAGAUUUACCGCAUGCGCAUGUUCGCCAAGAACAAGGUGCUUGCCAAAUCGCGCUUCUGGUACUUUAUGAAGAAGCUCAACAAGGCGAAGAAGAGCGGAGGGGAGCUGCUGGCUGUCAACGAGCUCUUCGACCGGGGCCCCACGAAGGUGAAGAACUACGGGGUCUGGCUGCGCUACGAGAGCCGCACGGACACCCACAACAUGUACAAGGAGUUCCGCGACAUCACCAUCAACGGCGCCAUCAGCCAGCUGUAUCAGGAGAUGGCGGGCCGCCACCGCGCGCAGGCCGGGUCCAUCCAGAUCAUCCACGCGACGGCCGCCGUGCCGCGCCGAGGGCGAGGGCGCGAUCACGUCACCGAGAUGCACGAUUCGGGUCUGAAGUACCCCGUCAUCACGAAGCUGCCGCUGGUGGCCAAGAAGAUGCGCACCACCUUCAAGGCCAACCGACCGAUGACGUUCGUCCGCUGA